UUUUAAUGAGAUGGUGGUGCAUAGAGAGUAAAGAGGAUAACACCACCAGCACAUGAAAAAAUAUGGGCGAAACCCAGCAGUAGCACCUCUGUUUCCUCGCUUUCUGCUACUGUGCGCCCUUAUUGCUUUGCGUGCGACUGCUGCGCACGACUCUAUCCAGCGCACCACCAUCCUUUCCAACAACGAAGAAACCGAUACCGUCAAUAUAAUCGAGAUCUCGAAUCGACGGGGAUCGAUGUCGAAAGCGCGAGUUUAUACCGAUGUUAAUGUUCAGCGUCCUAAGGAGUAUUGGGAUUAUGAGUCUCUCACCGUUCAAUGGGGAGAUCAAGAUGAUUACGAGGUUGUUCGGAAGGUUGGAAGGGGAAAGUAUAGUGAAGUUUUUGAAGGCAUAAAUGUCAAUAGCAAUGAGCGGUGUGUUAUCAAGAUACUCAAACCUGUUAAGAAAAAGAAGAUUAAGAGGGAAAUAAAAAUACUUCAGAACCUUUGUGGUGGCCCAAAUGUAGUGAAGCUUCUUGACAUUGUUAGAGAUCAGCACUCAAAAACUCCCAGCCUCAUAUUUGAAUUUGUGAACAGUACAGACUUCAAAGUUUUGUACCCCACUUUGACUGAUUAUGACAUACGCUACUAUAUAUAUGAGCUUCUCAAGGCUCUAGAUUACUGUCACUCGCAGGGAAUAAUGCAUAGAGAUGUCAAGCCUCACAAUGUUAUGAUAGACCAUGAGUUGCGAAAGCUCCGCUUGAUAGACUGGGGUCUUGCUGAAUUUUACCAUCCUGGCAAGGAGUAUAAUGUUCGGGUCGCCUCGAGAUAUUUUAAGGGGCCUGAACUUCUUGUUGAUUUACAAGACUAUGAUUAUUCUUUAGAUAUGUGGAGCCUUGGUUGCAUGUUUGCUGGAAUGAUAUUUAGGAAGGAACCAUUCUUUUAUGGCCAUGACAACCAUGACCAGCUUGUCAAAAUUGCAAAGGUACUUGGAACUGAUGAGCUAAAUGCAUAUCUGAAUAAAUAUCAUUUAGAGCUUGAUCCUCAACUUGAUGCGCUUGUUGGGAGGCACAGUAGGAAGCCCUGGUCCAAGUUUAUUAAUUCAGAUAAUCAGCACCUUGUGUCUCCUGAGGCCCUUGAUUUUCUUGAUAAGCUUCUUCGGUAUGAUCAUCAAGACAGGCUAACUGCUAGAGAAGCAAUGGCCCACCCAUAUUUUUCUCAAGUGAGGGCUGCAGAAAGUAGCAGGAUGCGGACACAGUAGGAGGUUGCUAUGGUAUUCUCAGGGAGUCUUCAGUGGACCGGAGGUACGCCCAUAAAUGUCCUUCAAGUGAGAGCUGCAGUAUGCUGCCAAAAUAGCUGGUGCUUGCUUAGAGUGUGUCAGUGGGCUGGCGGCCACUGCAUAUGGGACAAUGUAUUGUGCUUAUGAUCAUCUGCCCUGUACCUUUUGUUGUUUGCAGGCAGUUAAAGAAUUGUGUUUGGUCUUUAGUCACUGUGGUCAUGCUGUUGUUUGGGAGAAUAUAGUCGAGUUAUUCACUUUUGACCUUA